UGGUCUAUGAGUCUGGUGUCCAGUCGGUUGAAGAUUAGAGCCAGCAGAAUGAUGAUCAUCUGUGUUGUUGCAUUCGCUCUCCUGGGCGCUGCAGUUGCAGCCCCACUGGAUGAUAAGAUUGUUGGAGGGUAUCAAUGCGCAGCUCACUCCCAGCCCUGGCAGGUCUCGCUCAACAUCGGCUACCACUACUGUGGCGGCUCCCUCAUCAAUGACCAGUGGGUCAUCUCUGCUGCCCACUGUUGGAUCAAUCCCUUUACCCAGAUUGCCAUCCUGGGUGACCACCAUAUUUGGGAGUAUGAGGGCACAGAACAGUACAUGGCUGUGGAUGCCAUCUACUGGCACCAGAGCUACGACUACCAGACGCUGGACCACGACAUCAUGCUGAUGAAGCUGGCUCACCCAGUCACCGUCAACGAGUUCGUCCAGCCCAUCUCCCUGCCCACUGCGUGCCCCAGCGCUGGAGAUAUGUGUGUGGUGUCCGGCUGGGGAAACAUCUACACCGACUCAGUGUUCAACCCUUUCCACCUCCAGUGUGUGGAAGUGCCUAUCCUGUCUGACCAGGACUGCCAGAACUCCUACCCUGGCCAGAUCACGGAGCAAAUGGUGUGCGCUGGUUACCUGGAGGGAGGAAAAGAUUCCUGCCAGGGCGAUUCUGGUGGUCCCUUGGUCUGUAAUGGAGCACUGCAGGGCAUCGUGUCUUGGGGUUACGGCUGUGCCCAACCCAACUACCCUGGCGUAUACACUAAAGUCUGUUCCCUGUUGCCCUGGAUUCAUGAGAUCCUCUCCAGCUAUUAGACACAUUAAGGGCCAGCUAUUAAGGGCUGUGGGCUGAUUUACCAAAUAAACAAAAGAAUAAACAUUUAAAAACAGG